CUGUUAUUCUAUUGUCUAUACUCCAAUCUCUAUCUAUAGCAACUUUUUUCUGGUGACGUUGUAUACAGACCACGUUGACUGGUAUUACAUUUAAAACGUUGUUGUAUAAUACAUUUCGUAAAAACUAUUAUAAAUAUAGCAAUCUAUUCAGUUAUAGUAAAUAUCCGUACUCACAAAAAUGCUGUACCUCGAAGAUUACUUGGAAAUGAUCGAACAUCUUCCUCAAGAAUUAAGAGAUCGCUUCACAGAAAUGCGAGAAAUGGAUUUAUCCGUUCAAAAUAAUAUGGAUACAUUGGAAAAACGGGUUCGGAUGUUAUUCGGGGGAUGUCGACGAGGUGAUAUAAAUACAGAUCAGGCGGAUACAGAAUUUGUAGAUAUAAAAAAAGGUUACAACAAGACUUUGGAAGAAGCAGAUGAGAAAGUAGCUCUUGCAAAUCAAAUGUAUGAUUUAGUUGACAGAUAUCUAAGAAGAUUGGACACAGAAUUACAUAAAUUUAAAUGUGAAUUAGAGGCAGAUAACAAAGGAAUUACUGAACUAUUAGAGAAACGGUCUUUGGAUCUUGAUACAAAUACAAAUCAUACCACAACUUCUAGUAAUAAUCAUUACAAGGAGAGUAGAUAUCGAAUUAGGACAGAGAAGCGACGUGAAAGUUGGAAUAAUAGAGACUCACGCGCACACACUACAAAUGGAAGUCUGUCGAGAACAGAUUCAGCCAUUCAGGCUGCAUUGGGUCGAGAUUCAUACUCGCUGGGUCAUGCGGGAAGUGCUAUUGCAGCAGCUGCUAGUCAAGCUAUUGCAGCCACACAACAGAUGCAGCACGGUCGCCGCACAGCGUCGCUGAAGGCGUCGUACGAGGCGGUGGCGGGCGCCGAGCUGCACCACGCGCACGCCGCGCACCCCGCGCACCCCGCGCACUCCGCGCACUCCGCGCACCCCGCCCACCCCGCGCACCACGCCACGCACCACGACCAAGGUCACGGCGUAGUACCGACGGCUCACAGUCAAACCACCAAUGUUCACGGCCACCACACCACCGCGCACGGCCACGCUACAGCGUCGUCGUCCAACAAACGGCACACCAAACAGAAGAAGAGCAGCUACAGCACAUCCAGCGGUGCGUCGCUGCACUCGCAGUCUGUAGCUGCGGCCGCCAGUCGCUCCUCCUCGCCCACCGCCGUCGCUCUCAACAGCGGCGUGAACAAGACGAGCAUCGAAGAGCACAUGGAGGAGGAGUGGACGUACGACCCCAACGAGCCGCGCUACUGCAUCUGCAACCAGGUCUCCUACGGGGACAUGGUCGCGUGCGAUAACCACGACUGUCCAUACGAAUGGUUCCACUAUCCGUGCGUCGGUAUAACGGCGCCGCCGAAGGGCAAGUGGUAUUGCCCGCAGUGUCACACCAACAUGCGCCGUAAUCGCGCCAACCGCAAGAACUAAACUUAAUUAUUUAAUAAAAACCUUGAUUUACCCCUACAGUAGAUAGUGGGCGUUAGAAAAGUGCGUCGGUGGAAGACUUCACCGUCUUGUAGUGUCUUUUCCGAUAUUUGGACUUCGUUAUAAGUACAACGAAGAUUGCUUAGAAUUAAUUAUAUUGAAUAAUGGUAUUUUAAAGGCACGUGUAUCUUUAUAGCCUUUACUUAUAACAACGCUUAAUUAUAUGUAAUUGCAUAGUCAAGUCAAACGCGUUUUUGUAUCGACUAAUCAUUACAUGUAAUCGUACCAAGUCUACUGUAGUAGUAAAUUAAAGUCUAGAUAGCUGUCUGUGCUCACUUAUAAAUUUGUGUAUAGUAGUAAAAUGUUUAGCUGGUAUAUUGUUGAACAAAUCAGCCAAUAGGAAAACCAUAAAGUAUCAAACAAUUUGCAUUGGUUUAUCUACUAGAAGCGUUAGUAGUAAUUUUUUAUUAUUUGUAUUCUAAUUAAUAAAUGUUAUAAAAAAAACAACGAUUAUACAUAUGGAUGGUUGUAAUAGUCAAUAACAAUAGUAUGAAAUUGUUAGUUACGCCACUUAUCUAACUCAAGAACGCCUGAACGGAUUUUAAUGAAAUUAAGUAUGUUUGAUUUGUCUCCACGAUCACGCUAAAAUAUACAAAGCAAAUCUCUGCCUACGCGUAUUGUUCCUAUCAGUUUUCAAUACAACGGCCAUGCAAUGAUAAAGUGUUCUAUGAAAAUAUCAGCAUAUCCAAACUUUUAAACACACAGAUAUAAAGUAAUAACCAUAAUCGAAUCAAUACCAUUUUUCUUAAUGCCUCCUCAAUUCUGUUUUUAAUUAAAAUAAUGAACAUAAAUUUAAUUAUGACUUACUAGAA